AUGGUCCAACUCGACUUACCUGUGUGCAUCAGUUUGAUUUGUCUGGCUUUAACUCUGGUGCAGGUGGUCCAGCUGAACCCAGUGGAGGAAGGCGUCUCCGACAUCCCAGUUGAUGACAGUGUGCCAUUGGACCGCGGCUAUGCCUUUUCUUACCGCUCAUCGAGCCGUUUGGCUAAAUGUCUGAAUGACACAGACUACGAUCAGCUGAUGUUCACUCUUCAGAAUGGCCUUCCAAAACCGACCAAAUCUCAGCAUGUUGUCAUUGUUGGGGCUGGCAUGGCAGGACUAACAGCUGCCAUGCUGCUGCAAGAUGCAGGACACAAGGUGAAAAUAUUAGAGGCUAGUGAUCGUAUCGGAGGACGGGUGGAGACCUACAGAAAUGAAGACGAGGGCUGGUAUGCUGAACUGGGGGCAAUGAGGAUCCCAAGUUUCCAUUACAUCGUCCACGAGAUCGCUAAAAAGCUGGAGGUCAAGCUCAAUGACUUCAUCAUGUUUGACAACCACACUUUUUAUUAUGUCAAUGGAGUGCGGGAGAACACGAGCACAGUGCAAAGUCACCCUGACAGUCUGCAGUACAAGCUGAAAGACAAUGAGAAGGGAAAAAGAGCCGACCAGCUGCUACACGAUGCUUUGAAAAAUGUGAGAGAGGAAGUGGAGACUAGUGACUGCAAGACUGCACUCAAAAAAUACGACCGUUAUUCUGUGAAGGAUUAUCUGAUACAAGAAGGAAGUCUGAGUACAGAAGCAGUGAGAAUGAUUGGAGACCUCCUUAAUGAACAGAGCCUAAUGUUCACGGCACUGACUGAGAUGAUCUACGAGCAGAAUGAAAUCAACGACAAGACUAUGUACUCUGAAGUGACUGGUGGGUCGUACCUUCUCCCCGAAGCUUUUCAUAAGGUUCUCAAUGACACUGAAAUUCUCCUAAAUUCCAAGGUCAAACGAAUCACUCACUCAGAUAAACAUGUAACCGUAUCGUACCAGACGGGCCAACAGUCAUCUCUAACCAAUUUUUCCGCCGACUUCGUCCUGGUAACGACCACAGCAAAAGCAGCGCUUUAUAUGGACUUUGAACCUCCUCUCUCCACCCAGAAGAUGGUAGCACUGAGGUCAGUCCACUACGAAAGCUCCACUAAAAUCAUCCUCACCUUCAGUGAGAAGUUUUGGGAGAGGGACGGCAUCCGAGGAGGAAAGAGCAUCACUGACGGGCCGUCUCGUUUCAUCUACUACCCCAGCCACAGUUUCCCAAACAAUCCAAACAUCGGCGUCCUGCUGGCUUCCUACACCUGGUCCGAUGACUCCCUCCUCUUCUUAGGAGCGAGCGAUGAAGAGCUGAAAGAGCUGGCUCUGAGAGAUUUGGCGAAGAUCCACGGCGAGUACGUAAAGUCUCUCUGCACAGGGGUGGUGGUGAAGAAGUGGAGCGAUGAUCCUUACAGCUUUGGCGCAUUUGCUCUCUUCACACCCUACCAGAUUUUAGAGUAUGCUCAGGAGCUCUUCAGAAAUGAAGGCAGGGUGUAUUUUGCUGGUGAACACACAGCCUUCCCUCACGCCUGGAUCGAGACGUCUAUGAAAUCUGCCAUCAGGGCUGCUACCGCCAUUAACAAGGGGUCAGAUACACAUCAUCAUCUUCCUUGGUAA